AUUUUCUGCUGAGCCACCCGAGAAGCCCUUUUAUACCUCCUCACUCAGCCAGCUGCCUGCGGCUCGCCAGUCCGUCCUGUCCAGCCAGCGGCACUUUCUGGUUUUCUCCUCCAGACUUGGGCUCACAACCAUCUAAAGCAAGAUGUCUGAUGAAGAGAAAAAAAGGAGGGCAGCCACUGCCCGCCGGCAGCACCUGAAGAGUGCUAUGCUCCAGCUUGCUGCCACCGAAAUAGAAAGAGAAGCAGCUGCUAAAGAAGUGGAAAAGCAAAACUACCUGGCAGAGCAUUGCCCACCUCUGUCGCUCCCAGGAUCCAUGCAGGAACUUCAGGAGCUGUGCAAAAAGCUUCAUGCCAAGAUAGAGUCAGUGGAUGAGGAGAGGUAUGACACAGAGGUGAAGCUACAGAAGACUAACAAGGAGCUGGAAGACUUGAGCCAGAAGCUCUUUGAUCUGCGGGGCAAGUUCAAGAGGCCACCCCUGCGCAGGGUGCGCAUGUCCGCUGAUGCGAUGCUGCGGGCCCUGCUGGGCUCCAAGCACAAGGUCUGCAUGGACCUCCGAGCCAACCUGAAGCAAGUCAAGAAGGAGGACACCGAGAAGGAGAAGGACCUCCGCGAUGUCGGUGACUGGAGGAAGAACAUCGAGGAGAAGUCCGGCAUGGAGGGCAGGAAGAAGAUGUUUGAGGCUGGCGAGUCCUAAGCACCUGCCCCUCCACACCUGUCCUCCACUCCCUCCUGUCCCCGCUGUCCCCCCAGGCUCAAGGGCACCGACUGGGUGCCAUUUCUCUCUGGUUUUGCAAAGAGCUGCGUCCUGGCAGCAGCGGUGUAAAUAAAGCUUUGGCGGGAG